GUACCGUCUCGUAGGCACAGGCUUCGAUGUGCAGCUAUGGCAACCUGACGACCGUUCUGCCGCCACCGCUAACUACCCACGACCAUACCCAGGUGCCCUGGGCAGAGAAGAAGGAUGGAUUCGGGCUAUCUUAGACCCAGCCAUGCGUGCACACGGAAUACUGCAGAGCGGCAGUAUCACACUGCCUGAUGCGUACUACUCACCAGACGCCAACCACUGUUCGCUCAUAUGCGUGCAGCUGGGCGUGGGCCAUAAGGACGGCAAGAAACAG